ACGUGUUACGUCCGUUACGUUGUUACGUCAGCGUUACGCCCCGAUGGUGAUUGGCGAAGGUAAGAUGGCGGCGCCAGAGGAGCCAGAAUUAUCUCAGGCGCAGACAGAAAAACUCCUCCAGUUUCAGGACCUAACUGGUUUGGAGUCUAUAGACCAAUGCCGCCGAACGUUAGAGCAGCAUAAUUGGAACAUAGAGGCUGCAGUACAAGACAGACUUAACGAGCAAGAAGGAGUUCCCAGUGUGUUUAACCCUCCACCUCCCAGACCAUUACAGGUCAAUACAGCAGACCAUAGAAUAUAUAGUUACAUCGUAUCAAGGCCACAACCCAGGGGGUUACUAGGAUGGAGUUACUAUUUGAUAAUGCUACCGUUCAGAUUUACAUAUUACACACUUCUGGACAUAUUCAGGUUUGCGCUGAGGUUCAUUAGGCCAGACCCCCGCGGUCGUGUGACAGACCCUGUUGGAGACGUUGUAUCUUUUAUUCACAGUUUUGAGGAGAAAUAUGGCCGGUCACAUCCUGUGUUUUACCAGGGAACAUACAGCCAGGCGUUAAAUGAUGCCAAACGGGAGCUUCGGUACCUGCUAGUCUACCUUCAUGGAGACGAUCACCAAGACACGGAUGAGUUUUGCCGUUCCACGUUAUGCACAGAAGAGGUCAUAACCUUCAUUAACACACAAAUGCUCUUCUGGGCAUGUUCGACCAGCAAACCCGAGGGCUAUAGAGCGUCUCAGGCCCUGCGGGAGAACACCUACCCCUUCCUGGCCAUGAUCGUUCUGAAGGACGGGAAAAUGACGAUGGUUGGCCGUCUAGAGGGUCUGAUCCAGCCCGAGGACCUCAUCAACCAACUCACCUUCAUCAUGGAGGCCAACCAAACAUAUCUCAUGUCCGAGCGCAUUGAAAGAGAACAGAGGAAUCAGACCCAGGAGAUCCGUAAGCGGCAGGACGAGGAGUUUGAGGCGUCUCUUCGGGCCGAUCAGGAGAAGGAGAGAAAGAAGAGAGAGGAGCAGGAGCAGAAGAGGCAGGAGGAGGAGAAGGUCAGACAGAGCGUUCUCAUGGAGGAGCGGAGGCGACGGAAACUUGAAGAGGAAAAGGAGAGGAAGUCCGAGUGUCUUCCUCCGGAGCCACAGGCAGAUGAUCCCGAAAGUGUCAAAAUAGUUUUUAAACUGCCCAAUGACACGCGGGUAGAGAGGCGAUUCCUGUUUGGGCAGUCGCUGACGGUAAUACACGACUUCCUCUUCUCUUUGAAAGAGACUCCAGAGAAGUUUCAGAUAGUUACAAACUUCCCUCGCCGAGUCCUGCCCUGUCUCCCAAGCGAGGAGCAGCCCAACCCCCCCACGCUGAAGGAGGCGGGGCUAAGCCGCUGCGAGGUCCUCUUUGUGCAAGACCUCACGGACGAUUAAAACAUACCUCCUACCAACGCAUUUCGCUCCAACGCCACCCCAUUUUUCCUUUUUGUUCAAGGCCAUAUGCACAAGGGAUCAUUGAUAGAAACAUACUCUGCAUCCAGUCCUUGUUUGGUUGUUUACAGGGUUCCCAGUAGCCUGGAAAGUCUUGAAUUUUAUCUAAUAAAUCUAUCUUGAAGUCGUUCCUUGAAUGCAUUUGUAUUUGCUGGGACAGAGAAGGUCUGAGGUUUGUAUUAGCUUCCAUGUAGUAGUUGCAUAGCUUCAUGAAAACGUCAUAACCUCCUUGGGCGCUGGCAGCUGAGAGCAGCUGUACGAUGAUACCAAACUAUCAUUAAGAUUUCUGUGAUGGUUUUUGCCUUGUUUGUUACGGGACAUUACUUUCAAUGUUUCACCCAUUUGUCCCCAUUCAUUGCUUAAGCCUUAAGUUCACACGUCUCCUCCACUGAAAGAACAGGCAGAGUGGGCGUGCCCUGCUUUGUGUGUUACUGAUGUGUGAAGGACGGCUUCAAGGGGCAGGAGAGGGCUUUGGACAAAUGACGAAUGGGAACCCUGUUUCAAAUGAGCCAUGACAUGUACAUAAGUUAGGUAUUUAAGGACCCCACAUCUACCAUACUUUGUUUUGUUUUUUUCUACUUAUUUGUCAUGAUGAAAUGACCAAAUGCAGGUUGAUUACUAUUAAGCAGACUGUCUGAAAUGACAUGAAGUAUAAUUGGAUAUUUAACACACCACAGUUGUUGAUGUGGUUCGAUCAAGCAUAGUUCAAGUCUGCGCAUAGUGUGCCUGUGGUUACUCAUAGAUGCCUGUUUGCCUCUACCAUCUGAAUAGGCUCCUGUAAAGAUGUAAUUUUCCAACUAUAAAUUAAAACAUUUUAAAAUGCG